AAUCCACCGCCCCAUCGUCCACAUCUGUAUCCAUAUCUAUGGUUAAACAACCCCCCAGAAUGAUGAUGGUUGCUGGUACCGAACGUAACCCGGAUGAGUCAAGUUCAAUGACGAAAGUUCUGGCCCAGAAAAAAAGGUUUAUUUAAUUGCGAAAAUUGGCAUCUGUCAGCGGGGCGUAAAAUUGUCGCCUCUCCCGCGUCAAAUUUUUAUAAAUUGGAUUGCCCGAUUUGAGAAGAGUCAGUUUGCAAACGAUUCUCUAUCAAAAUGUCACACUACUUGAGCUAUUUUUCACUGCUGCUCAUAGCGGUCCUGCUGGCGCUGACAUCUGCCCAAUACUAUACACAAUAUAAUCCCUACUACACACCAAGCCCCACAUUCUCCAGUUUGAACAACUAUUACUACCAGACGACGCCGUAUCCUUACUAUUACAGCACGUAUACGACACCGAGUCCCUAUUCCAAUAGGCAGAUAAGGAUCUGGCCCUAUGUCAUUGGCCAAUAUCUCUAUCCCACGUACUACAACACUAACAACUAUAAUCCAUAUGCCACAUUGAGCAAUUCCAAUUGGCAAAGCUACUAUGCGAAUGUUUAUGGCAAGAAGUAGUCCUCAACUCCGACUAAGUGUUUUUCGUUUGUUAAGAUGUU